AUUGGCAACACCACCUAAUUAAAUGUCAAAACCUAGCUGCCUGCUUUCCGAGUGCAUAAUCUUUAGAAUUAUUAAAAUAUUAUUGUAUAAUUCGACAUAAACAACUGUAGAGCUUACGCCUAAAAUUGCCUUAAAAUAUGUUCGCGUGAUUUAGAUGUAAAGUUAGUGUUUUAUAACGUAAAGUCAAUAAUUUGAUCUGGAGCAAUCGUGGAGGGAUUUUGUGAAAUUCUAAUAGGAUUCACAGAUUUUGACUUGAUUCUCGCUGGGAGGACGUCGGCGCAAUGUCGAGGAGAAAACUGCCGCCGCCGGGCUUCAACUUCAAGCCCCCAGAAGAGCAGGUCGUAACCCCACCAAGGAAUUUGGAUAAGCAGACAACAAUUACAGUUGACGACAAGACUUUCACGGUCCACGCAGAUGACCUGAUAAAGAUCUGUGACCUCGGCCGGGGAGCCUACGGCAUUGUGGAGAAGAUGAAGCAUAUUCCUAGUGAUACCACUAUGGCAGUCAAGAGAAUCACAGCAUCAUUCAACAGUCAGUCUACAGAACUGAAACGCCUGCUCAUGGACCUGGAUGUGUCCAUGAGAGCCAGUGCCUGCCCAUACACGGUGCAUUUCUACGGUGCCAUGUUCCGCGAGGGAGACGUCUGGAUCUGCAUGGAGGUCAUGGACAUGAGCCUCGACAAAUUCUACAUGAAAGUCUACCAUAACAACCGCACCAUACCUGAAAACAUUCUUGGAAAGAUCACAUUUUCUGUGGUCAGUGCUUUACACUACUUAUAUUCUAAGCUCAGAGUCAUUCAUAGAGAUGUGAAGCCAUCCAAUAUCCUGAUCAAUAGGAAAGGAGAGGUGAAGAUGUGUGACUUUGGUAUUUCUGGAUAUUUAGUGGAUUCUGUUGCUAAGACUAUUGACGCGGGGUGUAAACCUUACAUGGCUCCCGAGAGGAUCGACCCGAGCGGCAACCCGGGACAGUACGACAUCCGCAGCGACGUGUGGUCGCUCGGUAUAUCCCUGAUCGAGCUGGCGACUGGCAAGUUCCCCUACAACACGUGGGGCACGCCGUUUGAGCAGCUCAAACAAGUCGUCAAGGACGAUCCCCCGAGACUGCCGAGCGGACAGUUCUCUCCAGAGUUCGAGGACCUCAUAGUUCAAAGUCUUCAAAAAGAUUACAAACAGAGACCGAACUACGACGCGCUGCUGACGCACCCCUUCUGCCUGGAGCACAGUCAGAAGGAGAUAGACGUCGCGUCGUUUGUUCAACAAAUAUUAGACUUACCCGAUGAAUCCUAGUGAUAGGAACAUUAUUUACGUACCUACUAAGUACAAGCGUUUACCGACUAACCUUAAUGUAGUUUAAUAAUUGAAAAGAUAUAAAAUAAUGUUAUUAACCAUAAAAUAAAUUAAAUUAUGUAUUCUUUUUAGAGUGCCCAUCGCUAUGGGCGUACGCGGCGUUUUUAAAUGUUUGAUUUCAAAGAUGAUUUAGUGUCUACUACGUGAAGUAAUCAAGUCUCGUGUAAGUGGAACUUUGUCAAUUUAGUAAUGUAGCAGUAGUUAGAGGGUAGAUGAAGUAAGAGUAACAUUUCGCUAAUAUGGUUUUAUCUAUGUGUAGUCUGUUUUAUUAUUGACCUCAAAGCGAACAAAGGAAUUGGUAUAACAAAAUAAUGACUGGCAACAUUUUAAGCAUCACAAAAUUAUAAUAAUUUAGUUUUAAAUAAAAAUAUUUGUUUUCAA